GAAGGGGAGGAAAAGGGUCGGAACGGCGGGGCAGAGUAGAAGUUUAACGAAGACAGCUUGCAAGUAUAUGAAAAGAUGGUUAGAUCACGGUCAAGAUCACCACGAUGGAAACGAAGAUCUUUAUCACCAGUCUUCAGAGCACAGGAAUACAAUAGACAAAGGCAUUAUCACAUUGAUUAUGACUCUGAAUAUAAGAUUUUCCCAAAAGACUCAAAGAAACUUAUAUCUUGGAGAAUGGAAGAGGCAAAACAUGGGCAAACCAAUCCCAGAUAUAUACCACAUGAAACUAACUAUCAUCGACUUCAUGAAUCCAGGUCAUAUUCCCCUUCUCUGAAAAGAAACCCUUCAGAACACAUUGAUAAUCAUAAAUCUUUUAGAACAUAUUCACCUGAAAGAAAUGAAAGUAUCAGAAGAAACCAAUUUACUUCCAGAUAUUUAGAAAUGUCUCACAAAGAACACCAUCAGUCAUUUUAUCCAUCUAAAGUACAUGUCAGAGAAGUGCAUGAAGAUACUCGAGCUGUUGGAAACACAAAAGAAAUGAAGACAUACCAUAGGCCAUUAAAGACUUUAUGUAAGUUUGAAAGGAAGUGGAAUGAAAAUGACUUGAGGCAGCACCAAUUACAAGAAGACAAGUAUGUUCAAUCAUCUCGAAGAUUUUCUAAUGAAUGUAUGCCAAGGAGUUCUUCCCAGAAGAGGUAUCCUGACCGUGAUUACAGAGAAUAUGGGCCCAGCUCUAAAAAGGUGAAUGAAAUGGAGAGGUAUGAUAGAGAAUCCGCAAGCAGUUCCAAAUGGAAGCAAAAUCAUUCUUCCAAUCAGAAAAAGGAAGAACAAAGAAAUCUUGAAGAUCAAUGGCGUGCUGAACUUAAAUACAGUAAUAAUUAUGAAACUAAGGUUACAUAUGAGUAUUCUCAUAAACAUCAUAGAUAUCCAGAUGGAGGAAAGUAUUCCUCUGAUGAAAAAGAGAAAUAUGUGAAGUUGGACAACGAGAAAUACAGCUACUGUAAAGGAGUUUGGAAUAGUAAAUAUUCAGGUCAUUAUAGCAGUGACAGAGCAAGCCGAAUGGGAGAGCCUCACGCUGAAGUGGCAAUGAAAUAUAAUUCAGGGAAAGGCCACAGUUCAUGUGCUAAAUUCUUAGAUCAAAAUGAAAAAGAACAAGUAAAGAAAGAUGUGGAUUUUAGGGGAAGAAUAGAUUUUUCCAGCAGCUACCAGCAUGAUAUCCAACAUAAAAUUUCAGAUGUUCAUGCUAGGAAAGAAAAACUCACUGUCAAAGUGGAUAUGAAGAAAACAAUGCAUAAAUACAGGGCAGCUUCUGGUCAUAUCACGGAGAGGCAGACAUCAUGUGACCUAGUAGCUGUUGGUAAAAAACCUCAAAGUUUUCAUCCUGUUUUUGAACAUAUAAAAUCUGUGACGCAGAAGGUAGAACAAAACCCAUCAAAAGAAUUUGCUCAGGAAAUCAUCACAAUUAUCCACCAAGUUAAAGCAAAUUAUUUUAAAUCUUCUGACCUUACUUUAAAUGAGCGCUUCUCAAAAAUACAAGAUAUAUCAGGGGCAAAUGAAGUUAAAAGAUAUUUGGAUCCAGAGAUUCACAGGAGAAUUGAUAUGUCUCUGGCAGAACUUCAGAACAAACGAGCUAUUUCGGGUGAGUCUGGACAGAAUGUUGUGAGAGUUCUAGAGGAUCCAAAUGAUUUAAGACAUGACAUAGAGAGGCGAAGAAAACAGAGACUGGAGAAUGAAGAUGAAGAUAUAUUUUACAUUAAUAUCCCACAAAGGCAUGCACAGGAUAGUAGCUUUGUAAAGCUUCAGAAUGCUCAAACAUAUAAAUACCAGAAAUCACCAAGAUUCCCAAGUCAGCCUUUCAGAAAAUUUAUUAGGAAACCAUACACGAGCCAUUAUACUGAAAAUUCACAUGAUGAUAUUGCAACCAAUCGAUUUAAAAGACCAAUUGAAAAUCCUGAAACAGUUCAAAGACCCUUCAAGUGCAGUUUUAUUGAUGGACGCCCCCACUUCAGAUCAAAUUUAGUACAAAAGGGCUUGUACAUACAGGCUAAAUAUCAGCGGUUACGUUAUGCUGGAGCAAGAGGAGUUACGACUUAUAAAAUCAGAGAAGAACUUUUGAGAAAACAGCAGGAACUGGACAUCUGAACUACAGUACUGCAGUAGAUAACAAGUUUAAUUAUAGAAGUAACUGUUUGCAUUAAAUAAUGCUAUCAAGAAUUGAAAUGGAAAAACUUUUCUUGAUAAAGAUAAUUUUAUUUUUAGUAGUAUAAUGUUGCAGGUCUUUUCUACAGUUUUAAGAAUGCUUUUCAAAAAUAGCUUUCAACUGAACAUUGUAGGAUUGUCAUUUUGUUCCUCGUAAAGAGAAGUCUGGGGAAAAAAUCCCACCUGAAGGAAAUCUUUAUUUAUUAUCAUUUUUCCUCUAAGCAUGGUUUUGUUGCUAGGAGUUGUUAUACAUAAAUUUAUAUGUUUAAAGUUUAUUGCUUAUAUAAUAAACAAA